CCCAUUUCAAUUAUUCCUCUGCACCAACUCAUUCGAUCUUUCUACUUGAGGAAGCAAGCACAUCCCAAAUUCGUAGUUCAGGUAUUUUUAAAGAUGGAUGUUCAACCUGAGUUGGAUGAUCAAUCUGAGUUGGAGAACAUACUAAACCUCGUGAAAAAGAGGAGCGUAGAAGAAACAUGUCAAGAAUUCAUGGAAGGGUGUGACACAUCCCAUGAAAUAGUGAAAGAAGAUCAGAACAAUGGAUCAAGUGAUUUUCUGAGUUCAUGCACUAUACAAUUUCAUAGCCGUGUUGACCUUCAAAAUUAUGUCCAGAGAGUUGCUUUAGAGCAAGGGUUUGUGGUGAUUAUAAGAAAAUCUAAACCAAAGUAUUAUGUGAUUCUGGGUUGUGAUAGAGGUGGAACACAUCGUUCAACAGUUCCUGCCGAUAAAAGAAAAAGAUUUACUGGUAGUCGUCUCAUAAAUUGCCCGUUUGAGGUUGUAGCAGGAGCUGGUGGUGAUGAUGAUGAUGGGAAUACCAGUAUAUCUUCUUCUUCUUCUUCUUCUUCUUCUUCUUCUUCUUCUUCUUCUUCUUCUUCUUCUUUGUGGAGAAUCGAAUUCCUUCCGGGGUAUAAUGGGACACUGCCUUUCGAGCUGCACACAGGGUACAUAGGGGUGCCCCACAACGGGGGAUUCCAGCAGCUCUUCUACUACUUCGUUAAGUCUGAAUCAAACCCCGAAGAAGAUCCCCUCAUUCUAUGGCUCACCGGCGGCCCUGGUUGCUCCUCUCUCACCGGACUCCUCUAUGAACUUGGACCGCUGGAGCUUGAGGCCAAGGAAUACGACGGCAGUCUUCCCACACUGUUACUGGCUUCCCACACCAUCACCAAGGUGGCGAACGUAAUAUAUUUGGAUCAACCUGCGAGAAGUGGAUAUUCGUAUGCAACAAGUCCAAGUGCGGCCCACUCUACUGAUUUGGAAUCUUGCAACCAUGUUUAUCAAUUUUUACAAAAGUGGUUUUCUGUACAUUCGGAUUUCAGAUCAAAUCGGUUUUAUAUUGGCGGAGAUUCUUAUUCUGGAAUUACCGUUCCCAUCAUAUCUCAACUUAUAUCUGAUGGAAAUGCCGCUCAUCACAACAGGUCGAAGAUGAUCAAUCUUAAGGGGUACAUAUUGGGAAACGCCAAAACGUAUCUUGCUGAAAGCAAUUAUUCAAUCCCAUUUGCUCAUGGAAUGGGUUUAAUCUCUACUGAACUUUACACGUCUCUUGCAGAGAACUGUAAAGAAGGAUAUGAGGAGAAUGAGUCGAGGAAUGAAUUGUGCUCUCAAAACACGAAGGUUUUCAAAGAGAAAACAGAGGGAAUCAACAUUGAGCACAUUCUUGAGCCCUACUGUGGAACCGAGUUCGCAUUGCAAAACCCUGUUGCCACUGCAGCCGCUCGUGAAAAGAGGCGAAUGCUUAAAUUGACGCCCUCCCACAACAACUUACAGCGGAAUCGUUUGCGGUGUCGUGUUGACUACAACAAACUCUCCAAUUACUGGGCAAAUGAUCUCGCCGUCCAAGAUGCAUUACGUGUUCGAAAGGGAUCCAUUGGACAAUGGCUGAGAUGCAGGCAGAGCAUUACAUCAACCACCUACGAAAUUAGGAUUCAAGAUACGAGAGAACAUCAUGCAAAUCUCAGCCGCCGAGGUUAUGCCUCAUUAAUAUAUAGUGGUGAUCAUGACAUGCUUAUUCCAUUCCAAUCAACGGAAGCGUGGAUUAAAUCCUUGAAUUACAGCAUCACCGACGACUGGAGACAGUGGACCGUUAACGGUCAAAUUGCCGGUUACACGAGAUCUUACUCCAACGGAAUGACAUUUGCAACCGUCAAGGGGGCAGGGCAUGUGGCAUUUGCGUACAAAAGAGAAGAAUGUGUUGCAAUGCUAACAAGAUGGUUAUCCCACCACCCGCUUUAGUUAACUCAUUUAAUCCAAUCCGCCCGGCCAUGGAAUGUAAUUGCCAAAUUUUAAUCCGCGCUCUUAAUAAUAAGUUUAUAUUUAU